UUUGUUUAUUUAUUUUUAAAUCGAAACUUCUUAGAUUAAAAGUAUUAGUGAAUUUUAAAUUUGCGUAGUCAAUGCUUUCAAAUAUAUUAUGUUGUCUCAAAUCGCUGCAUUAAUUCAGUCAUUUGCUUUUGAUGCCUUUUGGGUUUUUUAGAUAUCAUAUAUAUAUAUUUUAUUAUUCAGUGUUCUUUUAAUUUACCUAUAUCAUGAGUUUGUACUCCGUUCGAAUGUCCAAGCAUUUGUUAAAUUACCAUAAGUAUAUUGUGUUGAAGAAUUAUGGUUUAAAGAACAUUAGUAAUUCGAAAAGUUCAUGGUCCAUUUUACCUGAAGUGAAUGUUGAUGACUUCUGCUCUAAUGACAUCCCAAAAGAAGCACAGGUUGUUAUUUGUGGCGGAGGGGUUGUUGGAUGUUCUGUUGCGUACCAUCUAGCCAAAGAUUAUGGCUGGAAAGAUGUGGUGCUUCUAGAACAGGGAUUGUUAACUGGUGGAACUGCAAAAUUUGGUGCUGGGCUACUAGGACAGAUUAAGCCAACUGCUAUUGAAACUAGGUUAUGCCAAUACAGUAUUGAUCUUUAUAAAUCACUCGCUUCAGAAGGACUUAAAACUGGUUUCAAAAGCUGUGGAAGUUUAUCUUUGGCUAGAACAGCUGAUCGUAUGAUUUAUUUUCGUCACAUUGCUGCAUCUGCUGUAGCUCGAAAUAUUGAGUGCCAUUUGUUGACUCCAGAGGAAGCUCAAAAACAUUGUCCGAUAAUAAGUACUGAAAUGCUUAAGGGUGCUUUGUGGAUUCCUGGUGAUGGAGUUGGUGACCCUUAUGAAGCCAUGUUGACGCUAGCCUCGGAAGCUGCUCGUCGAGGAGUCUCAAUUAUUGAAAAUUGCUCUGUUUUAAAAGUCAUAACUGAUGAUAAACAUCAAAUAAAGGCUGUAGAAACCAAUAAAGGGCUUAUAAAUUGUGAAAUUUUUGUGAACAGUGCAGGACAUUGGGCCAAUCAUAUUGGGCGCCUGAGUUAUCCAAGAGUAAAAGUGCCCUUGUAUCCAUGUGAGCAUCAUUAUCUUCGCACUAUGCCUGUGGAUGGUAUUGAUCCCAUGAUGCCCGUGAUCCGAGAUUAUGAUGGAUAUUUUUAUAUAAGAGAAAAAGAUGGCUGUUAUUUAGCUGGAGGUUUUGAACCAAUAUCUAAACCUUUAGAUCUCAAAGAAAUGGAGUCCCCUACUGCUUUUAAAUCUCUGCCAGAAGAUUGGGACCAAUUUUAUACACUUUUAGAGCAAAUGCUAUUUAGAAUACCUUCUCUAGGAAAAGUCACAGUUGAUAAUUUGUGUAAUGCUCCUGAAAGCUUCUCUCCUGACUGUAAGCUACUGUUAGGUGAGGCACCUGAGGUGAAGAACUAUUUCGUGGCCACUGGCAUGAAAGCGACUGGAAUGGAAGCUGCUGGCGGUGUUGGUAAAAUAACUGCAGAAUGGAUUGUGAAUAGUGAACCAAAAAGAAAUCUUUGGGAUGUGGAUAUUAGAAGGUUUUUGGGACUUCACAACAAUCGUUUGUUUUUGAGGGAUAGAAUGGUUGAAGUACCUGGUGUUCAUUAUAAAGUGAAGUAUCCUCAUUCUGAAUAUAUAACUGGUCGAAAUGUAAGAAUGUCACCUAUUUAUCCUCGUUUGAAAGCUGCUGGAGCUGUUUUUAGUCAGUCAAUGGGAUAUGAAAGACCAUGUUAUUUCAAUCCUGAUAUUAUUGGUAAGGAUGUUCCUGAACCAGAUAUCCAGUUGCGCCCUAAUACGUUCUUUAAACCUCCCUGGUUUGAUUUGCUGGAAUCUGAGUACAUGGCUUGUCGAAGGAAGGUAGCUUUGUUAGACUACUCAUCUUUUGCUAAAUUAGAAGUGUGGUCUCCUGGCAGAGAAGCUCUCGACUUUCUUCAAUACUUGUGCUCUAACAAUAUUGAUAUUCCUAAAAAUGCCAUGGUUCAUACAGGAAUGCAAAAUAAGUAUGGUGGCUAUGAGAAUGAUUGCAGUGUUGCUCGAAUGGACUACAACAGGUUUAUGAUCAUUUCCCCAACUAUUCAACAAGCUCGCUGCCAAGCUUGGCUCAGGAGGAAUCUUCCUCCUGACAGCCCAAUAUUAAUCACCGACAUAACAUCUUUGUACACAGCCAUUUGUAUUAUGGGUCCUUUGGCUCAAAGUGUCAUGUCUGAUGUAUCAGACACAUCUGUAUCGUAUAAAGAUUUCCCUUUUUUUACCAGCAAGGAAAUGAAUAUAGGUCUUGCAAAUAAUAUCAAAGUGUUUCAUCAAACCCAUACCGGAGAGUUAGGCUAUGUUCUUUAUAUACCAAAUGAAUAUGCUCUUCAUAUAUAUGAUGAACUGAUGGAAAAAGGUGAAAAAUAUGGUAUUCAGCAUGUUGGUUAUUACGCAUCUAGAUGUCUUCGGAUAGAAAAAUUCUUUGCAUUCUGGGGUCAAGAUCUUGACACUACAACUACCCCUUUUGAAUGUGGACGAGUAUACCGAGUCAAUUUCGAAAAAGGUGACUUUAUGGGAAAAGAAGCUUUGCUCAAACAAAAAUCUGAAGGUAUUAAGAGACGUUACAUUCAGCUAGUUCUUGAAGAUUAUGAUGUAGAUGAAGAUAUUUGGCCAUGGGGUGCUGAACCUAUUUAUGUUAAUGGGAAGUGUGCAGGUUUGACUACUACUACAGGAUAUGGCUUUACCCUAAAAAAACAGGUGUGUUUGGGUUUCAUUCAGAAUCUUGAUGAGAAUGGCAUACCCCAAGUAAUUACAAAUGAUUUCAUCCUUAAAAGUGACUUUGAAGUUGACAUUUGUGGUACAAGGUAUCCAGCAAAAGUAAAUAUUCACUCUCCAAACUUGUCUUCUGGAUUUGAAUAUGUUAUAGAUUCUAAUGGAUAUAUUGCUACUCAGUUUAACACCUGAUUUGAAUUUGAAUGAAUUUUUGAAAUGUUUUAUAUCUGUAAAAAAAUAUAGUGUACAUAGUUAUUAAAAUUGAGAGAUGUUUUAUAAAAAUGUCAUCUUUAAUUCAAGAUUGCUACCAGUGCAUUGUUAUUUAUUUCUCUAGAACUUAUAUAAAUUUUAAAAAAUCAGUA